UUUUCAUUGGAUUGACCACCAUUUUCCUCUUCACAUUGUCGCCCAUUUUAUUGUUUGUGGCUAGUUGGUGGUUUUUAUUUCGAAGCCAGCUGUUAUAUUUGUUGUUUUCAAAGUUCCUUUCAUUGUGCAUAAGGGGUGGGCGGUGCGUUGUCUUAGGUUUCGGCCGGACUAGCGUAUCGUCCGGACUUUGUGCCACUUCUGAGAAGACCAAAUUUCGUGAUUUCGACCUUGUGGUACUAAUAUAAUCGAGCCACGAUGACCCGUGGAAAUCAAAGAGAUUUGGCUCGCGCUAAGAACCAGAAGAAGCAGCAGGAGUUGUCCAAGAAGAAAAAUGCUAAUGAUAAGACAGGGAUGUCUUUAUCUGAAAGGAAACAUAGGGAUGCAGAACUUAUGAGAGAGAAACAACGGAAAAAGGAGGAACAAGAAGGUGUCCAUCAGAAACAAGCCGUAAAUUAAUAUUUCAUUCUUAUGAACAAUCACAAGGAAAUAAGUUUAUUGAAGAGGUGAAAUGGUUCAAGUGAUAACAUAACAAGCAAUUUAAAUAAGAAAUGUUGUAAAUUCUGAGUUCCAACAUAAAGCUAAUAAUAACACC